AUGGUCCGUGUCGCUAAAGAUUCCUUCCACAGACUUGAGCAGGCCUAUGCAAACUUGACCGAGGACCGACUGAAGAGGGCCGAAGUGGAGAUGCGGGAGACGAGGACUACGUCGGACCCCGACAUAUCGCUCUUGCUUCGCGAGCUGUCGAUCUUUGGCCAUGCACAGCCGCUCUCGAACGAAUCCCGUUUACUUAUGCGGAGGAAGAUACAAGCUCUAGACAUCCGCGCCGGUAUGCCUGCAAUCUGGAUUACCAUCAGUCCCAACGACAUUAAUAACCCGGUAAAGAUGAAGCUUGCCAUUCAUAGGCUCCACGAUUACGAGUCUGCGAAGGAGCUUUUGGCCGAUCUCCGUGAAAAGUACGACAGGAUCGCCCUGAGCACCAUGGAUCCGGUCAGCUCGGCCAUCUUCUUCCACCGAGAAAUAUCCCUAUUCUUUGAAAAGUAUGUGAAUACAGGCCGGGAAUCGAUCUUCGGGAAGAUCAGCCACUACUACGCGACGGUGGAAACGAAUGAGCGAGGCAGCCUCCACUUGCAUGGACUCCUCUGGCUGGACGGCAACAUGCGCUUACCGAACUUGAUAGACGACAUGGCCAAUCCCGCGGAAGAAGCAUAUCGCGCCCAGGUGAUUCGAUAUAUAGACUCCGUCUUUCAUGAGUGUCUAGAUGAAGAUGCCGGAAAAGCCGUGCGACAGGAGAGGAAGCCCAUCGAUCCCGUGGAGGAGGUCAUGACCAGCACCUCGGCUCUCACUGCGGCUUUUGAAGACGAAUCCAAUUUUAUCGCAUACUGUUGCCAGGUGCACUCCACACACCCUGCCUUAACCUGCCGCUUCAAGGCACCGUGGAAGAUCGUCGAGCAGACAGGAUUCACAGAGGAUGGCUUGCUUCAGAUUCGGCGCAACCAUCCACUCGUCAACCGGUAUAACAAGUCGUUGGCGGUCGGCCUUCGCCACAACCACGACGUCUCGAUGAUCUUGACCAAGACCAAGGGCCUGGCCAUGGUGUACUACAUCACGAACUACGCCACCAAGCUGGAUACGCCGAUGUGGAAGCGCAUUGCUCGCCACCGAGGUUGCCCGCCAACUUCGCGAGGCCGGUCGUCCGACGUCUCGCGCGCCAGGUCCCGCCCUGCCCGACGAGAGGCACCAGGCGGUAUUGAACGAAAGCCGUCAAUUCCUGAUGAGAACGGCAAAUCGCAUCUUCUCCGAGCGACAACUCUCGGCUGUCGAGGUUUGUUACCACCUCCUGGAUAUGACACCGACUUUACCAACGUGCCGCAUUGGUCCUUCUUGAACUUGACGGCCCUAUACUGGACAAUCUUUCGGCUAUGGGCGCAUCUCCGCCAUCAGGCCGGCGAGCUCACGGACGCCGAACAGCCCCAGAGACAAUCCUCUGAGGCAAGGAGGGCGAACCCUAUUAUGCCUGGAGGCGAUUCAGACUGUGAAGGCUGGAUGCAAAAGCUUCGACGGCCCGACCAGUACGCCGUCCCGAUCUUCCAAGGAUACAUCAGCGACGACCACGAGGACGAUCACCCAGUCUAUAUUAAGCGAAACUCUGUCCUACAUUUGGCGUUAUUCGUCCCUUGGGAAAACUUCACUUCUGAGAGCCUAGGUGAUAUAACCGACAUAUGGACGACGCAUCGAGCGGGCCUUUGUCCCCGCCUCCGUUUCUACGUCUCUAACAUUUGUCUUUUGAGAAAGUCUGCCGAAGACGCGCGUAAGGACGCGAAGCUCUGGGCCACGGCCAAGGCCCAACAACUAUUGCAUCUUCGGAUGCUAGACGACAUUGAGGGUGGUUCCCAGGGGACCAUGCUUUCCGCGGAUGGCGCCGACAUCGACGAUACGCUAGCUCGCUACGGCGAUACGGAGUCCCCUGCUGCGCUCCCGGGCAGCGACCUCAAUGAACGAGGCCCUCGGAUGCUUGUCGACGUCAGUCCGGCAACUAGCUUCGCGGAGAUGGGACACACCGCCGCGGCCAGCUUUACACUGAACUAUCUACAGACCAUGGCCCUUCAACUCGUUUGCCUGUUUCUGGACAAGUAUACUGCCAAUCCGGACUCAGCGGGUCAGCAUCUUCAAUACACCGGCGGGCCGGGUGGCACGGGAAAGUCGAGGAUUAUCGAUGCCCUGAAGGACGUGUUCGCGGCGAGGAACCAGCCGCAUCUUCUGCAGAUAACCGGCACGUCGGGCAGUUCGGCGGCCCAGAUUGGCGGCACGACCAUCCACUCGGCCUGUGGAUUGUGGCAUCUGUUCAAAACCGUGGUGCUCCUCGAAGACCAAGUCCGCGCACGCAACGAUCCCCAGCUCCGUGCACUCCUGGAUCGAGUUCGUAACGGGCGCCAGACCCAUGAAGAUCUGAGCUUGCUCAAUGCCAACAUUGUAGGACGCUCGCAAAUCACCUUCCACGAUGGUUUGCGCGCUAUAACGCCGCUGAACCGCACCCGGUGGGCCCUCAACAUGGAAGCUGUUGUGGGCUGGGCGCGCUUCAACAAGCGGCACAUCCGUAUCUUUGUCUCGACUCACACCUGGCGCAACGGCACGCUGUCUCCAAACCUCAUAGCGCGAACCAUCGGACAAGGCGACGACUCUGCCUGCAAAGUCCCCGGCGUCUUCUUCUACGCCCAGGGCAUGCCCGUGGUUGUGAACAAGAACAUCUACACUGGCCUGAAGGUGGUGAAUGGGGCUGACUUUACUGCCGUGGACGUGAUAAUCGAUCCCAAUCACCCGGGAUACUGCUUGGCAGAUGACGUGACCAUCCACUUCGGGCCGCCGCUCGGCAUUCUUCUGCAGUCCGAGGAGACGAAGACCUUGGCGAUACCGUCCCUCCCGGGUAAAACAUUCGUCGAAGUACUGUUGGAGCUGCGUGGAAAUCGUGUGACCAAUGGUGAACCCUCCAAGUGCGAUUUUACGAGCCUCUAUGUGCAACUAUCCAGGUGCACCUCGCUUCGGGGCAUCAAGCUUCUUAAUCCCGUGAGACACCAUGACUUCAUUGGCAAUGGGCUCGAUCAGGCCAUUCUUGAUGGAAUGCAGAGACUCAAGAACUUGGCCGCGGAAACGAGACGGUUAUACAAGGACCAAGGUUUCGAAAAGUAG